AUGGACACUUUGAGAACCUGUCACACCUUCAUCAUUAUUUUUGAUAACCUGAUCACAUUAGUCUGCUUUAUUGUGCCUGAGUACACGUUGUUGUUCCAAGUGUCAUGGACUCGAGAGAAAUUUCUGAAGAUUCUGGAAAUCCUGACAACUGAUCUACUAGGAGGAGAUACCAACACUCCUCAAGACUCAUUAUCAGACUGUGGAUUGGCUGAUGAUUGCUUAAAGACAGGGAAUGGUACAAUUGUUGGGAUUUUAGAGAAAUUACAACUCAAAACAACCGAUGUACCUGAAACUAUUCUUGAUGAGGAUGAUCCGGAGUCAGCUCUGUACACUUUUGUUACAGUUGUUCUGUUUGGAUUUGUCUCUUAUGUGUUUUCUGUAAUUUCUUAA